AUGGCCGCUUCUAGACCCCUCCUCGACAACAACCUCCCAACGAUCGACAGAUUCGUCACGGAUCAUGGCGGCGAUGGCAAGGCGGUCUUCUCCCAAGCCAUCCCCGAAAACCUGCAGUUUCAAGAACUUGCAGACGGAGCCAGGUUUUGCCUUGGGUACACGACCCGAAAGACACCCGUGGACAUGAGCGACGGCAAAGACCUUUCCGACUACCAGCGCGAUCUGGACAACAAGCCUGGUAUCAUGAUUCCCGGCGGCACGGUCCUGCGGAUUGUGGAUAUGAGACCUGGAGCGCUCUCGCCUAUGCACCGAACAGUCAGCCUGGACUACGGGGUCGUGCUCGAGGGUGAGGUCGAGCUCGUGUUAGAUUCCGGGGAGAAGAGGUUGAUGCGGAGGGGAGACGUCGCCGUGCAGCGGGGCACGAACCAUGCGUGGAAAAACGCAAGCAGCACGGAAUGGGCGAGGAUGCUGUAUGUGCUCCAGGAAGCCCAGCCCAUCUCUGUCGGGUCAAAGGUGCUCGGCGAAGACUACGGGGGGAUGCCGGGAGUUCGACCUUCGCACGCAUGA